AUGGUAAAAGAGGAAAAGCAAGCGGUGAGGCGCGGCCACUGUCACCUUGAAACCAAGAACCAUCGAGGGCCUCUCUCCUCCCCGCCCGCCCCGCCGGAUGCGGGAUGGGGACCCCACACAAUAGGGGAGGCUGUGCCUGCGUCACCAGCUGGCGCCACGCCAGUGACAGCCCGGGAGAGUAGCACUUCUAAGGCUCGGAAGUUCCUGCGUUUGCGUCCAGCAAGUCACUCCCCCGGGGUGUCAGUGCACCGGGGACCGUGGGGCCCGGGCUGGGCUAAUACCACCGCUCGGACGGCUUUUCCGGCCGGAGUGGGGAGGACGGCGCGGCCGGGGCGCCUGCGACGCGGUGCCUGCCGCCUGCGCUGUACGCUCUCACCCCGGGAGACAGGCCGGGAGCGCCCCGCGGCGCUGAUGGAGCCGGCGCAGGGCUGUGUGACCUUUGAGGAUGUGACCAUUUACUUCUCCCAAGAGGAGUGGGGACUCCUCGAUGAGGCUCAGAGACUUCUGUACUGCGAUGUGAUGCUGGAGAACUUUGCACUUAUAGCCUCUCUGGGACUUACAUCUUUCAGGUCUCGUGUAGUUGCCCAGUUGGAGAUGGGGGCAAAACCCUGGGUGCCUGACCAAGUGGACAUGACUUCAGCCAUGGCAAGAGGGGCAUAUAAUAGGUCUGGCUGUGAUUUUUGCUAUGGACUGGAAAGUGAGGGAUCAUGUUCUCAGCAUAAUGUUUCUGUGGAAGGAAUGUCACAGGACAGGAAUCCCAAAGUGGUUCUGCCCACCCAGAAAGAUUGCCCCUGUGGCAUGUGUGGCCUACCCUUGAAAGACAUCUUGCCCCAGGCUGAACACCAGGCAACACAUCCCAGGCAAAAACCAUAUGUGUGUGGGGUACAUGGGAGAGAGUUUGAGGUCAAUGCAAAUCUGCCCCAGAAACAGGUGGAGCAGAAUGUGGUCAAGCCUGUCGGAAGGGAUGAGGGAAGGGCCUCACCUGUGAAGAACUGCAGAGACAACUCACCCAAUAAACCUUUCACAUUCAGGGAGGGUGGGAAGGACUUCAUGGGUGCAAAGCCUAGAUCCGGCUUUCUCCAGCACCAGAUCGCUCAUAGUGUGAAGGAGCCUCACCAGAGCACCAAAGGUGUGAAUUUUCACAACAAAUGUGGUGAGUUUGGGAACACUUUCAGUGACAAACCCAUGUUUGUUCAGCUCCAGAGAAUCCAACCUGGAGAAAGGCCCUAUGAGUGCAGCAGAUGCGGGAUAUUCUUCAGCCAUGCUGCUGGCCUUUCUCAACACCAGAGAGAUCACAAUAGAGGAAAACCUUACGAGUGCUGUGAAUGUGGGAAGUUCUUUAGCCAACACUCCAGUCUCAUUAAACAUCAGAGAGUUCACACUGGUGAAAGCCCACAUGUGUGCAGUGAGUGUGGAAAAUUCUUUAGCAGAAGCUCCAAUCUCAUUCAACAUAAGAGAGUUCACACGGGGGAAAAGCCUUAUGAGUGCAGUGAAUGUGGAAAGUUCUUCAGCCAACGCUCCAACCUCAUCCAUCAUAAGAGGAUUCAUACUGGUAAAAGUGCUCAUGAGUGCCAUGAAUGUGGGAAAUCCUUCAACUGCAAUUCCAGCCUAAUUAAACACUGGAGAGUUCACACUGGUGAAAGACCUUAUAAGUGCAAUGAGUGUGGCAAAUUCUUUAGCCACAUCGCCAGUCUCAUUCAACAUCAGAUUGUUCACACUGGUGAACGGCCUUUUGGGUGCAGUGAGUGUGGAAAAGCCUUCAGUCGAAGCUCUGACCUAAUGAAACAUCAGAGAGUCCACACUGGUGAGCGCCCUUAUGAGUGCAGUGAAUGUGGGAAAUUGUUUAGCCAAAGCUCCAGUCUCAAGAGCCAUCAGAGACUUCACACUGGUGAACGGCCUUAUCAGUGCCCUGAAUGUGGGAAAUUCUUUAACCAAAGCUCCAGCCUUAGUAACCAUCGGAGACUUCACACUGGUGAGAGACCUUAUGAGUGCCUUGAAUGUGGGAAAACUUUCAGACAAAGGUCUAAUCUGAGGCAGCACCAGAAAGUUCACAAACCAGAUAGGCCAUAUAAAUGCAGUGAAUGUGGAAAAGCCUUCAGCCAAAGGCCUACCCUCAUCCGACAUCAGAAAAUUCACACUAGAGAAAGGAGUGCAGAGAGUGUUCUCCCUCUUUCAAUACAAGGACAUACACUAGAGAUAAGCUCUGAGACUAGUGUUUAUGAGGGAGCUAUCAGUCAGAAGUUGAACCAUAUUCAUCCAAAUAUCCACACUGGUGAGAUACAUUAUGGAUGCUAGAUAUGAUGGAAGCUUUCUGGAACAAAGUUGCAUUUUUUGACCAUGGACUCCACCAGAGUUGUGUCAUUGCUAGUGUUUGUGGCAAAAGCCAUCUCAGCUGUACCUACUGGCAGGUUUCCAGUGUCAGCCACUCCCUGUGCUCAGAGAAAGCAGAACCCUGUUCUCUUUCCAGGAGGGAACUGUGAGUAGCCUAAGGCCAAAGGAAGAUGUCAUUCUCUCCUAUGACUGGUCUAGCUGUGGACAUGACCCAUCUUUGCCCACGAAGAACUGAGCUUGGUUCUGCUAACAGCCUUCAGAGGAUUUCCCUUUUUCUAGGAUGUUGAUCUUAUGAUGGUUUUAUCCAGCCUCCACAUUACCCAUUUCAUCAACUACUUACUUUACAUUGCUCUGGUUUGGGGAUAAGGGCCUUACUGAUAAAGCCACCUUUUAUCUUCUGGGUUCUGAUCACUGUGUUCUGUGGGUAGAGAACAGAAUUAAGGUCUACCAAACUAAAGGGGUCUCCAAAUUUAUUGCCUCUGAGGGAAUGGGAGGAUGGCAGAGAAAGCUCCCAGUCCAGAUUUGGCCUCAUUUGCAUUGUUACACAAGGACUCCUGGGAAGCUUGUAGGCCUUUGUGACCCUAAUGUGUGAAUGGCAUGAGUUUUUGUAGACCAGAGAUUGCCCUGAGGAAGGGGCAAUGGUGAAAACCUCCAGUGCAUAUGGGAGCACUGUGUACUGGGCCCUUGUUUUCAGAGGUUGCUUCAUAUUCCCUAGCACUGUUGAGCAGACACUGUUUACCUGGCACCUGCAAAGGAGACAUAUUCCUUGCAGUCUAACAUCUAGUACACAGGUGUUUCUAACUGUAAGACUUACUGGGCCCAGUUGGGAUUAUGAUUUGUACAGAAAUAGUGGGGAUGAUAAUAGGGAGUAGGUGAGACUGAAGAAAGUAAGGAGUGUGCCUGUUCUAAAGGUACAUCCACAAGUGUGCCCUUGAAUGUGACUCUGCAGGAUUCAGGCCUUGCAGAAAUUCUCUGCACCUCCCAACCUCUCCUAUGCCUAAGGUCACUGGCAGAGCAAAUAAUCUGGAUUUUCUGCAGUCUCUCUGCACUAUUCGUUAUCAAAGCCAUUGCUACAUUGGUAAGAAAAUGGGAUGUGAGAGAAGG